AUGGUAUGCGUCGCGUGCCUGCUGCCGCUCUUCCUGAUCCCGGUGGUCAACGCCCUCCCUUACCUCAUCGACCUCAUCAUCAGCAAGGUGUAUCGGCUAUUUGGAUGGGAGUACCGGAGACCUGAAAGAGUCCCACCUGCUUGUCCUUACAAGCCUGCAGCUCAGAAGAACGAUGAGGGUGCGAGUGAAUCAAAACCCCUAGCCAAUCCACAUGGUGCUGCGGCAGAAGAUAAGAAAGAGGAAUAA